CCGUGUGAAGACGCGCACACCCGAGGAGACCUGAGACCUGUUACAUUCACUCCUGGAGUUUCUGGACGACUGAUCGGACCGUGUUUCGUCGUCUGAAGACGCUCACACACAUUAAUGGUGAUCGAGUCGAUAGUCGAUGUGUGAUGAUGAUGGAGUUCCCCGCAGAUGAAGAGCUGGAGGAACAGUGUCCUGUGUGUGGAGAUAAAGUGUCCGGGUAUCAUUACGGGCUUCUGACAUGUGAAAGCUGUAAGGGUUUUUUCAAGAGGACGGUUCAGAAUAACAAGAGAUACACGUGCACACAAAACCAGGACUGCGGCAUCGACAAAACCCAGCGCAAGAGAUGUCCGUUCUGCCGCUUCCAGAAGUGCCUGAGCGUCGGCAUGAGACUCGAGGUGUGUGUGUGUGUGUGUUUGCAGGUGCGAGGGAAGAUCUGUGCGUAUCUCCACCAGGAGCAAAGCGGCCGAGGGAAACUGGACAAGCCUCGAGCCUUCAGCCUGCUGUGUGUCAUGGCGGAUCAGACGCUCUUCUCCAUCGUGGAGUGGGCAAGAAGCUGUGUCUUCUUCAAGGAACUAAAGGUUGGAGAUCAGAUGCGACUGCUGCAUAACUGCUGGAGCGAGCUGUUGCUUCUCGAUCAUAUCUGCAGACAGGUGCAUCAUGGGAGAGACAACACUCUGCUGCUCAUUACAGGACAGGAGGUGGAUCUGUCGGCGGUGUGUGACGCGGGACCGCCUCUGUCCAGUAUGGUCCAGAGAGGACAGGAUCUGGCCAGGAGACUUCAGCUUCUUCAGGUGGACAGAAGAGAGAUGGCCUGUCUGAAGUUCCUCAUCCUCUUCAACCCCAACGUGAAGCUCCUGGAGAACCAGCCGCUAGUGGAGAGUGUGCAGGAGCAGGUGAACGGGGCUCUGCUGGAGUACACACUCUUCUCGUACCCUCAGUGUGUGGAUCGCUUCGGUCAGCUGAUCCUGCGACUGGCGGAGGUGCGUUCGCUGAGCGCGCAGGCCGAGGACUAUCUGUGUUACACACACCUGUGUGGAGAAGUGCCCUGCAACAACCUGCUCAUAGAGAUGCUUCACGCCAAGAGGUCGACCGCCGUGUGAGAUGUGCGCCAAAUGGAUGUCCAACCGUUUUCCAAAUACCCAACGUGACGAAUGGACAGAUUUGAUUGAAUCUGUAUUCCUUUUUAUGCAUGACAAUCACUGACGGACACGGAGGCGUUUUUGUAUUUGCAAUAGUGUUUCCUUCUUAGUGCUGUUUUGUUACUCUCUGGGCUAUAACGGUAAUAACGGCAGAGUGCAACAGCUGGUUCCCAAAGUAUUUUUUCCAUUCGUUUAUCCAAAGGAAGUCUUUGUUAAAGCGUUGUAAGCCAUGAAACAAACCAACCAGCUUCGAGGAGAAUCACAACAUCACAAAAAACAUUGAUUUGAAGCAAAAAAAAGUGAAAAGCAACGGUCCUAGUACUGAGCCUUGGGGUACUCCACACUGAGAAUCACUACACUACCAACAUCCAUUCGAAGCAAAAACGUUUUUGAAAAUCGCUAUCAGUGUUGUAGUCGAGACCACCUCAUUCGAGUCCGAGUCGAGACCAGCGAGGGUUGAUUACC